AUCGUUAAGCGAGCUUAAAAGAGAGGAAACACUGACACCUAAAGGCCACUUGUUAUACAAGGUUUAGUUUAUUUUUAAUGAACUAACGCUGCGAAAUGUAUCAGUUGUUUUUUUUAAAGAACCAAGAAGUGCUUUUUAUGACUUUUUCUUACACCAAUGGUAGGUGCCGAAAUAAAUUAAUGACUGCACUAUAGACAUUAAUGAACUGUGGAUAAACCAAUGAUAUUAUUAAGUAUAUAUAAUUCCAAUUAUAUACAUUUAUACAGAGAUUGUGUGUGUAUACAAAGUAUAACCAGUGAGUUAAAAAAACGUCCGAUAUAAAUUAAGUUUUUUUUUUUCUAUACCUGCGAGUUGAAGCUGCGGAAUAAUAUUAUCAGAAUGCAGAUUUGAACACCUCAUAAUUAUUUCUGCGGUGUAAAGUAGGUCUUUAAAGACACCAAAUAUUUUUGCAUGACCUGUUUAAAAUAUAAACCUUUUUUAUAUCCGGGUCCUUGUACAUGUAUCUGCUCUCUUGUUGGACAUUGAUAUUGAGGUGAAAGACAUUCAACAACUUCACCACUAGAUGGCGUUAAAUCCCACUUACUUUGGCUUUAACUUUUAAAUUUUUGUGAAAAUAUAUUGUGGGAUUUUACAAAUAUUCCUAUAAACACGAAGGGAAAUAAAUUAAUUCUUAUUCAAAUACAAAUUUAUUUUAAAUAAAAAAUUAUUGUGAGCAACAAUGUGGGGAACAGCGCCGCCGAUAUGACCAACAUAUCCGAGGAGUCUCAGGUGAAGCUGCAGGUGAGUGACAGGUGAGAGACGAGACGCUUCCACGGACAGAGCCGUACCAAGCUACUAACACCGGGCCAUUACACUGGUGUAGAUGAGAGGGCUACAGAGAUAUUACUAAGGACACCGAUGGAGCUGUGUGGACCCAACAUGAACGACCGUGGAGCUUCUCUGUGCCAGGUGAAGCAGCUCCCGUCUCACAGCGGCUCCAUUUGUCGCCUGCAGGCCAGUGCGGGCCUCGUGCACAGCCUGCCCCAUCAGCCCUGGGUCAACCACACAGAACCGGCCCUCGUCUCCAGUCCGACCGUGGCCCUGCGGCACAGGGUGAGCGGGGCCACGGCAGCCAGCUGCAGCGGUGCGGACUGUGCUGCCUCCAAAGUGAGAGAGGAUGCUGCGGUGGUGCAGGGAGUCUCCGCAGGAAAGGUGCUGGUCACUGGAGGAGGGGGUUAUGUUGGCUUCAGGCUGGGGAAAGAGCUGGUGCGUCAGGGGAUGUCGGUGGUCCUCCUGGAUCUGAACAAGCCUCCCAGUGAGAUCCCCGAUGGAGCAACCUUCUAUCAGGGUGACAUCCGAGACUAUAGCUCCCUGUAUAAAGCCUGUGAAGGUGUGGAGUGUAUAUUCCAUACAGCGUCAUAUGGCAUGUCUGGACCAGAUCAGCUGAAAAAAGAGCAGGUGGAGUCCAUUAACGUUGGAGGGACUAAAAAUGUCAUCAAUGUGUGUAAGGAGAGGAGCAUUCCCCACCUGGUCUACACCAGCACCAUCAGCACUGUGUUUGCUGAAACACCCAUCGAGGACGGUGAUGAGGCUUCAGUGUCUUAUGUGCCCCCUGAUGUGCCAAUUGACCACUACUCCAGAACCAAAGCUAUUGCAGAAGAGAUGGUCCUGUCAGCCAACGGAUGCUGCCUGAAAGGUGGAGGUCGUCUGAGGACCUGUGCUCUCAGAGCAUGUGGCAUCUACGGACCUGGGGAAAGAAAUCUGCGCAGAGCGAUGGUCAACGUCGAGCGCCGUCUGCUCUGUUUCAGGUUCGGGGACCCUCAGGCCAAGAUGAACUGGGUUCACAUCAACAACCUGGUGCAGGCUCACACUCUGGCGGCCCAGGCUCUCACACCCAAGAGGAACUGUGUUGCUAGUGGACAGGUCUAUUUCAUUAACGAUGGCGUCUCAGUCAAUCUCUUUGAGUGGGUGACACCUCUGUUUGAAAAGCUGGGCUGCAGCCGGCCGUCGAUUAACCUUCCUGUUUCACUGGUCUAUAUGUUAGUUGUCCUGAUGGAAUACUUGCAUUUAUUCCUAAGGCCUGUAAUAGAAGUACCUUUGCUUUUUAACAGAAGUGAGGUAAUGAAAAUAGCAUGUACCCACACUUUCAAGAUUGACAAGGCUGUACGAGACCUGGGUUACUGCCCGAAAACCUACCACCUUUCAGACACAGUGGAAGAAUACCUGAAAACCCGACCACCUCGAUCCAAAUUAUCUGUUUUUAACCUGACUCAGCUGCCCUUACAUUUCCUCCUGAUGAUGAUAAUGAUGGCCCUGGGCCUGGUUCUACUGAUGAUGACCAGUUUAUUCUUCCAGAGCUAGAGUCCAGGCAAAAAUGGAGA